CAGUGACGGAACCAUGGCUGGAGGCAAGGCUGGCAAGGACAGUGGAAAGGCUAAGGCAAAGGCAGUGUCUCGCUCACAAAGAGCUGGACUUCAGUUCCCAGUGGGUCGUAUCCAUAGACACUUGAAGACUCGCACCACAAGCCAUGGACAAGAUGGUGCUACUGUUGCUGUGUACAGUGCUGCAAUUCUUGAAUAUUUCACUGUUGAGGUUUUGUAAUUGGCAGGUAAUGCCUCCAAGGAUCUCAAGGUAAAACAUAUCACUUCUCGUCAUUUGCAGCUUGCUAUUCGUGGUGAUGAAGAAUUGGAUUCCCUUAUUAAAGCUACCAUUGCUGUUGGAGGUGUAAUUCCUCACAUCCACAAGUCUCUGAUUGGAAAGAAGGGGCAGCAGAAAACUGCAUAGAGAGGAG